AUGUACAGAGUAUUUGCAUUUACCUUUUUGCUACUUCAUGUAAUAAACUCCAAUGGCACAUCACUGGCAGCAAAAUCUCAUUCCCCAGUGUUUUCUCCGGUCUUUGCUCCUGCAAUUCCUCCUCAUAUAUCGCCUGACAAGUCUCCGGCGAUUAAAAUGUCUCCUAAAAGUAGUCCAUUUGUUUCGCCGGAGCAAUCUCCGGCGAAAACUCCGAAGAAACCUGCCGUUUCUCCGGCGAGAACACCGUAUGACGGUGUUCCGGUACCAUCUAAGACUACUCCUGAAGCACCGAUAAAUUCUCCGUCAUCCACUGUGGCUGCUCCGGUGCCAUAUGUAAUUACUCCUAUUCCGGCAAUUGAAACUCCGGUGAACAUUCCUACAUUAUCACCAGUGCCAGAGUCUCCUAAAAGGCGAUCACGCGCUUCGCCAGGCUACUCUCCGGCGGAAACUCCGGCGACGGUAGCCAUUUCGCCGGCACUAGUGCCACCUGUGGUUGAAAAUCCAGCAUCAUCUCCGGCAGCUUCACCAGUAACAACAGAAAUUCCGGCAAGUUCAGUGACUCCAUCACCAUCAUCAAGUGUUCCUUCAAGUUCAAUUACACCAUCAGAGGCACCGGAGAUGUUGAAUUCAAGCAGUAGUUCGCCGAUUCCGGCACCGGAAAGUGUAUCGCCGGAGAGAUCAAGGAGCAUUGUGGCUGAUAUUUUUGCGGCUACUUCAAAAAUUGAGGCGCCAAUUUUUCUAAGUGGGCUUGCUAUUUGGGCUGCUAUGGUUAUUUGA